AUGGUGACGAAGAGUGCUAAAGAAAGUGAUAGAGAUGUUUGCAAAAGACAUACUUUGAAAUGCCCCAAACGCGGGACUCCAUCACCAAAGGCAGUCGAGCUGCAGCCAGCGGAAUCUGAACCAGCUCCGACAGGUCCCAUAGUCCCUGAUCCGAAUCUCGGUCUGAACGCAUUUGCCCAUUGCGAACCGGGACAAGGCAGUGCUGGAUUUGAUCUGCGUCUUCAAAUGGAUGUGGAUGACAUCACUUGGGCAGAGCAAUCUCUGAAUUUAGAACUUUUAUCGGAGGAUACGAAGUCUGCUUAUAUACAAUCGUAUAUAGCUUUCUUUCACCCAUCGUUGCCGAUUCUCCACCCGCCAACGCUCAGUACUCUCUCAUCACCUUCCGUCUUGUUGAUGGCUGUUUUGGCCAUUGGGUGCAUGUAUUCAGCAAGCAGAUCUGAUCGACCGGAUGUCUUGGAUGCCAAUGCAAAGCGGAAGCUCAGUCGGGAACUAUGGAGAUGUGGAUGUCACGAGGUGGAGCUCUUCGUCGAAAAGCAUCGCCCUAGAUGGAGAACACCGUGGGUACUCCAAAGUUACGUGCUGUUGAUUGUAUAUGGAACUUUUACAGGCGACGAGGAGUGCAUCUCAAAGUCCAGGGAUAUGUACAGAAUAGUCGUAGAUGCGCUUCGCGAUUUCGAACUAUUACAUCAGAAGUCGGUUUUUCCUGCGGUCUCUGCGUGGGAUUGUAGCCUCAGUCUAUCAGCUUCGCCUGAGGAAACGCAAAGAACAUGGCAGCUCUUUAUCGACCAAGAAUCUACCAAGCUAGCGCUCUAUGCCCUGUAUUAUUUCGACUUCCAUCUCUUUGCAUCCUUCAACAUGCGCCCAAUGCUUUCCUCUAUUGAAUUUGAGUGGGAUCUCCCCAUGGAUUCAGCUUUAUGGGAAGCAGAAUCUGCCACGAAGUGGUGGCAUGUAAUACUCCAGAGGCAGCUUGAAUCAAGCGAUGGUGCUAUGUUGGGAGAUCAGGCUCAAAUAAAGUCCCUGAUGGUUGCUUCCCAGUCUUUACUGUCUAGUACGUAUGCCUCCUUCAGAUAA